AUGCAUGUCGUGUACGGAAUUCUUUUAGUAUAUGAAUUAGAGAUGGGAAUGCUUCGCGAACCAUCAGUGCCAAACCGAAAGUCACGGCGACGACUCGAAGCUCAUUCUCGCUGCUUGUCACCCAUUCCAUUUUUACGGAGUUCUCUUCGAAAAAUGACGAUUUUGGCUCAAUAAUUGCUGUAACAAUGUCUUGAGAGAUCAAAUUCCAUUUUUUCCGUGUGAAGGUACAUCCACAGGUGAACAAUAGACUGAGCAAUGUGGGACGAAUUGCUUCAAUUCGGGUGCCAUUCAUGUCGUCCGUAUAUGACUGUAUGGUGAUAAUGUCGGCGAUUUCUUGCAUCUCAUAUACCGUCAUACCCGUUACUGGAUGUGUAA